GCCUAUAAGAGGAUCGUCAUGCGCACUAGGGUUAAUCCCUCUCUCCACAGCGCGACUUCGGAGUUCUCGGGCCGCCGAUCCAAGUCUCGCUCCCUCUCUCCCCUCGAUCUACUCUCGUCGGUUCGAGUUUGUUUUUAGCAUUUAACCAUGGGUAAGGAGAAGGUUCACAUCAACAUUGUGGUCAUCGGCCACGUUGACUCUGGAAAGUCGACCACCACCGGGCACCUUAUCUACAAGCUCGGAGGUAUCGACAAGCGUGUUAUUGAAAGAUUCGAGAAGGAAGCCGCUGAGAUGAACAAGAGGUCGUUCAAGUAUGCUUGGGUGCUCGACAAGCUUAAGGCUGAGCGUGAGCGUGGUAUCACUAUUGAUAUUGCUCUCUGGAAAUUCGAGACCACCAAAUACUAUUGCACAGUCAUUGAUGCCCCCGGACACCGUGACUUUAUCAAGAACAUGAUCACGGGGACCUCCCAGGCGGACUGUGCUGUCCUCAUCAUUGAUUCCACCACUGGUGGUUUUGAGGCUGGUAUCUCCAAGGACGGCCAGACUCGUGAGCAUGCUCUUCUUGCGUUCACUCUUGGCGUGAAGCAGAUGAUCUGUUGUUGUAACAAGAUGGAUGCCACCACCCCCAAGUACUCGAAGGCGAGAUAUGAUGAAAUUGUUAAGGAAGUCUCCUCCUACCUUAAGAAGGUUGGGUACAACCCCGAUAAGAUUCCCUUUGUGCCCAUCUCUGGUUUUGAGGGUGACAACAUGAUUGAGCGCUCCACCAACCUGGACUGGUACAAGGGUCCCACCCUUCUUGAGGCCCUGGACUUGAUCCAGGAGCCCAAGCGCCCCACAGACAAGCCCCUCCGCCUUCCGCUGCAGGACGUCUACAAGAUUGGUGGUAUUGGCACCGUCCCUGUGGGCCGUGUCGAAACUGGUGUCCUCAAGCCCGGUAUGGUUGUCACCUUUGGACCUACUGGCCUAACGACUGAAGUUAAGUCGGUCGAGAUGCACCACGAGGCCCUCCAGGAGGCCCUCCCCGGUGACAAUGUUGGCUUCAACGUGAAGAACGUUGCCGUGAAGGACUUGAAGCGUGGCUUUGUUGCCUCCAACUCCAAGGAUGACCCUGCCAAGGAGGCUGCCAACUUUACCUCUCAGGUCAUCAUCAUGAACCACCCCGGUCAGAUCGGCAAUGGCUAUGCUCCUGUUCUUGACUGCCACACUUCCCACAUUGCCGUCAAGUUUGCUGAGAUCUUGACCAAGAUCGACCGUCGCUCCGGUAAGGAGCUUGAGAAGGAGCCCAAGUUCUUGAAGAAUGGAGAUGCUGGAUUCGUCAAGAUGGUUCCUACUAAGCCGAUGGUGGUGGAGACGUUCUCCGAGUACCCGCCCUUGGGUAGGUUUGCUGUGAGGGACAUGAGGCAGACGGUGGCCGUUGGUGUUAUCAAGAGUGUCGAGAAGAAGGAUCCCAGUGGAGCCAAGGUCACGAAGGCUGCUCAGAAAAAGAAAUGAACCGCGGAGGAGAUCGGGGCGUCAGUUUUGGUUGCAGUCGUCGUUGUUAGUAGUUGUAGUGUGGUGUCUUUAUUUUCGUGUCGUUGGGAUGAGUUGUCCGGUUUGGUAUCUGGUGUCUGGAUGCAGAACUGGGUGCUUGACCGUCGGUGGCGUUCUUGAAUCGUCGGUGUUGAUCUAUGCGAUGUGUUGUUGUCAAGUAUUUGAGACUGCUUGCAGGUGUCAGCCUUUUCUUUUCUAAUGUUUUCUAUUGAGUCUUGUGUCAUGAAUGAGAUGUUGAGAUGUUUGCUGUUUUAUCGCCGACCUGUCAUAUUGUGGUACUUUUUAAGCAGGAAUUUAGAGUAUUUUGAAAUAAAUUAGUGUUUCGGUA